AAUAAAAGAUCCUCCACGAAGUUUAUUAUUUUUGUCGAAUUAAUAAUCAAAAUGCUGAGAUCGCGAUCGCAGGGGUCAGUCUGCGAGCAAGAGGCGAAGUUUGUUCAAGAUAGAAUAACUGGGGUAGAAAAACAUUUCGCUGAGUUGUGCACUGUAUUCGCUGCAUUCACGAGAAAAGCGGCUAGAUUGCGGGAUAAAAAUGACGAGGUUGCCAAGGUGAUCCAAACGUACGCAGAGUCUGAGACAAUUAAUCGGUCUCUGAGUAGUGGAUUAACGAAUUUUUCAACUACUUUGUCAGUCAUUGGAGAUUACAGAGAUGCGGAAGUUCGAAGAUUGGAUUCAAAAAUUAUCGCUCCUCUCUCUCAGUACUCAAUAAUUUGUAAGCAUGCACGUGAGGAUGUGAAGAAUACAUUCACAGCUAGGGACAGGCAAUUGGUGAAACGAAGACAGUUGGAUAAGGUGCGGGAGAGAAAUCCUAGGAAUAGACAAUUGAUCUCUCAAGCAGAGUCAGAGCUGAUGAAAGCGACAGUUGAGGUAUCUCGAGUGGUGAAAGGUCUGGAAGAGCAGAUAGAUUCCUUCGAGAAGCAGAAACUCCACGAUGUGAAGCACUUGCUCCUCGAUUUCGUGAACAUCGAGUUGAGUUUCCACACGAAGACGGUGGAACUCCUGACGAAAGCUUAUCGAGACAUUGCUGAGAUCGAUGAAGCCAAGGAUUUAGAGGACUAUCAAGUAGCCAGAGGAGAGCAUAGCGGGGAAUUUCGAGAGGUUCUCAACAUUCCUGACACGAUGGCACGUCUCGACACCGUGAGAAGGACAUCUUUUCGUCAGUCCCACUCUCUGGGGAACUUAGCCAAUCGUCUCGCAGCGUCGCCACUGAAUUUAAAAAAAUUAGCGAGCAGACCUGCAGAAUCAAUCGACUCUCUGAAAGCAACAUCAUCAGACUCAGUCCAGGUCGAGGAGUAUGGAGACUCCACCGAGGAAGAAGACUCCGAGGAGUCAAUCCAACAACGUCCAGUGAGACCCAAGCCAAAACCCUAACAAUUCCCUUGGAUAAAUGAAACCUAAACCAAUAAAUCGAAUUUUAUCAGGUGUUAUCGAAGACAGUAAUCCCGAAGUCCCCCAGGAGGUUCGUCCUGAGACUGUUCCCCCCAAUAGUUCGAGGCUAAAGCUCCCUACCCUCUUCCACGAUGAAGAACCUGCCCCAAAUAACAAAAACAACCACAAGUAUUAUUCUCAAAAAAAUGUAUAAUUUAUUGAUAAACCUCAGUGAUAACAAAUGAUAUCGUUAAUUAUGGCUCAGUGGAAACCGUUGAAUUCAUUAGUGCUCUGUUGGAUGGAAUGGAUUCACUUGUCUGUACCCUCUACUCCAGCCUGGGUCAUCAGGUCGGCGAUGUUCUUCUCCAGGUCGUCUAUUCGAUUGCCCAUUUCGUCUAGUGUUUACUAUUAAGGAUUUUAUGUACUCGACUCUUAUAAAAGAAUUCAAGAGGGAGAUCUAACACGUUCAAAUAAAAAAUUUUUGGGAAUUCUGUUUAAAAAAUCAUUUAAUUAAU